CGCAUGCGCGCUGGGGCCCUAGCGGGUACAAAACCCUAGUGCUGGAGCUGGCCAGAGUUGGGCAGCCGGAGCGCGCGACCUUCCAGAGCGCGCCGCGGAACCGGUUGGGCUUGCAGAUUUGACCUUCUACAUUUGACCUUCUUGUACAUUCAGGAUCCUCUCUUCUAGAGUUCAUUCCCGCAGAGCCCAGAAUCUUGAGUUGCGUCCACGAUGAGCAGCCUGACCCAGAAUAUACGAGAAGUAAUGAAGGUCUUGUUCAGAGUUCCCGGUUUUGAUAGAGUUUUGGAAAAGGUGACCCUUGUCUCUGCUGCUCCUGAAAAAGUGGUUUGUGAAAUGAAAGUGGAAGAACAGCAUACUAAUAAGCUCGGUACUCUCCACGGAGGCCUGACAGCAACCCUGAUAGAUAGCAUAUCAACCGUGGCCCUGAUGUGCACUGAAAGAGGGGCCCCUGGAGUCAGUGUUGACAUGAACAUAACGUACAUGUCACCUGCUAAAUUAGGAGACGAAAUAGUGAUCACAGCACAUAUUCUGAAGCAAGGAAAAACACUUGCGUUCGCCUCGGUGGAUCUGACCAACAAGGCCACGGGAAAAUUAAUAGCACAAGGCAGACACACAAAACACCUAGGAAACUGAGAAACAGCAGGGUAACCUGAAGAAGCCCAACAGUGAUUAAGUGUAUAAUUUGUGAACAACUUUCUGAAAUAAAUGUCAAUACCAGAAGUA